GGAAAAAUCGCCACUUCUCUCCGUGAAGCGUUGACUGUAAAGUGUUUUCCUGUUUCACGGAAGACACUUACGAUCCGAUCUGGGGGCUUUGGCAGCUACCCGUCGCCACCCGUCAGUGCUCAUUGUUCUACACUCCUCUUCCAUUUCUCUGCAAACCCUAAUUUAAAUUUCUGCUAUCUGCUUCCUCAUCUUCCAGCCCCGCCAGGGGCUUCAUGAUUGACAAAGUGCCAUACUGAAUUUCACCUGAAAAUUAUGAAUUACCUAAUUGGAGCUUUCAAGCCACCGUGUAACAUUUCUAUCACAUUUGUUGAUGGGAGAACUCACAAGCAGGUUCCAAUAAAGAGAGAAAAUGGUCAAACAGUUAUGGUCCCUCUCUUCCAAAGUCAAGAAAACAUUGUUGGGGAGGUUCAGAUAGAACCAACACUAGGGAAGAAAGUUGAACAUAAUGGCGUGAAGAUUGAGCUACUUGGUCAGAUAGAGUUGUACUUUGAUAGAGGCAAUUUUUAUGAUUUUACAUCACUUGUACGUGAACUUGACGUUCCAGGUGAAUUAUAUGAAAGAAAAACAUAUCCCUUUGAAUUUUCCACCGUUGAGAUGCCAUAUGAGUCAUACGAUGGAGUCAAUGUAAGGCUUAGAUAUAUUUUGAAAGUGACAAUCAGUCGUAACUUUGUGAGCAACAUUGUGGAGCACCAAGAUUUUGUGGUUUGUAAUUACACGCCAAUGCCAUCAAUCAAUAAUAGCAUUAAGAUGGAAGUUGGAAUUGAGGAUUGUCUACACAUUGAGUUUGAAUAUAGCAAAAGCAAGUAUCAUCUGAAAGAUGUUAUCAUUGGUAAAAUAUAUUUUCUUCUUGUGAGAAUAAAGAUUAAAAAUAUGGAACUUGAGAUUAGGCGACGGGAGUCCACAGGAUCAGGGCCUAAUACUUAUGUUGAGACGGAAACCCUGGCAAAAUUCGAGUUGAUGGAUGGUGCUCCUGUCAGAGGUGAAUCAAUUCCAAUCAGACUGUUCCUGAGUCCAUAUGAACUGACACCAACCUAUCGCAACGUCAAUAACAAAUUCAGUGUCAAGUAUUUUUUGAAUCUUGUGCUGGUGGAUGAAGAGGAUCGACGAUAUUUCAAGCAGCAAGAAAUCACAGUGUACCGCCUUCUUGAAACUCUAUGAUUGUUCAUUAAAUUUGAGUUGCCAGACAUUACACCAUGAGAAAGAGAGCUGAAUGCAUGCCAUCUAGUUGAACACUGGGAGAUGACUGGCAAGAUCGUUAUAUGGUUAUCAUAUUUUUGUUGUUGGGAGCCAAUGGGAUCUACUGUUGUUUAAAUAUUAAUAUUUGCUGGGUUUCAGCAUUGGUGCCUUGUUAUUUGACAUCCAAAUUGUAUUUGUUGUGCUAUCUGUUGUGAUUUUAAAAGUGUAAUAUCCAGCCAUUAAGACCUGUACUCUUGUUUGUUAUAUCAAAAUUUGAGUUAAAAUUGAGGGAUUUUCUAAGCUGAUAAA